GACUCUCUGUUGCACUGCGCUAUCAUGUCGGCCCGCUUGAUGUCUCUACACAGAUGUUGCCAGCGGCCAGCGCUCCUCCUUGUUGCUAGGCGACCAUGGAGCUCCAGCUCGGUGUCGCCACCUCCUCUGCACACGAGACUCCUCCUCUUCCUCACCCAGCGGUUUUAUGAUGUAGAGGUGCUCCUGAGCUGGAGGUCUCAGCUGAGGAGGAGGGGGAUUCAGAAGAAGAAUGCUUACUACAGCUACACUCAGAGGUUCCAUGGGCCAGACCUAGCAGCAGCAUAUUAUAUCUUGAGUCUGAAGGGAGGAUUAAGGUAUGUAGGUCAGCCAGACUGGUUUCGAGCUAACCAGAGGGGCAAGUUCAGUUGGGACUUCUUGAAUCACAAAGACACACCCCUAGAGGAAGUAGACAUGAGCUCCACUGUCAUCAACUAUGCAGGACUGGGGAACCUGGAGGGGCAGCGAUCUUUGAGGACUCUGUCAUUACGAGGAUGUCCUGAAGUGGACGACUGGUUCCUGGCCAGACUCCAUAUGUUCCAGGACUCUCUGGAGGACCUGGACAUCUCUCACUGUCCACGCAUCACCAUAGGUGGACUGGCUGCCCUGAGGAAUCUCAAGGGACUGCGGCGUCUGGAUGUGUCAUCCCUCCCUGGGAUUUCGAGUCCUGGGUUGGUCGUCAUCCUGCUGGAGGAAAUGUUACCACAGUGCCAAAUCACUGCUACUGGCUAUGACCACAGCCUGAGUCAGGAGAGAGGAGAGGAGAAGGAGGAGCACAUGCAAGGCCAGAGGUAGUACAUGGACAGGGACAUGAAUCAGAGGACUCAAGUGAUACAGUGCAGAAAGAGAAGGGACUCCUCUGAGGUGCAGAGUAAUCACCUGACAUAAGAAGUGGAGCGGCGAUAUGUCUGAUUUUUGCGGCAAUACAGCUAUCAAGGCUUAUUUUCUGUAUCGGACCAAGCCAGUUUAGGUUGAUCACAGAAAAAGGGUUGAACUCUACAGCUGACAUUAGGCAUCAACGGCAGAUUCAACCAAGUAUAGACUCAAAUUUGAUUGGACAUUGAAAACAUACAAUUAGUUAUAAAGAUGUGGGAAAAGAAAAAUUCAGGAAGUGUGGAACGAGAAUGGACUACAUCAACGUUGCUGCAUUAAUUGGCAUUUGCUUCCGAGGCAUAUAGUAUUUUACGACAGUCUGCUUGGUCAAGUGUGUUGUUUUCCCCCAGAAUCAGUUCGUUGUCAAGACUCUGCACAUUCAUGAUGGCAGUCAAAAUUCAUGCAACAGCAUGUCUCUGUCUCAUGCAAAUUGCACCUUGUCUGCAUUUUUGGACAAUAAUGAUUUUAUUUGUUGUUGAGAUGUAAAUAUGAUUGUAAAUUCACUAAAUAAAGCUUGAAUCAUUCAA